AAGAAAAGAAGAAGAAACAACAGCCAUUAGUAGCAGCAGCUGGUGUUGUGGAUGAUUUACACACACCCUGGACUUGUUUCUGGCGCACUCUGCGCAUCACUUGUCAGGUCUCACGUCGGAAGAGUCCUACGAGUCGCAGCCCUGCAUUCCAAAAGGGAAGAAGAGUACUUCACCAUGAGCUCAGACGAUGGUGACAUGGAGAACCAGGUUGAGCUGGAAGAGAAGACAAGGCUCAUCAACCAAGUGUUGGAGCUUCAACACACUUUAGAGGACCUGUCUGCCAGAGUGGAUGCUGUGAAAGAGGAGAACCUGAAGCUGAAGUCAGAAAACCAGGUUCUGGGUCAAUACAUUGAGAACCUGAUGUCUGCCUCCAGUGUCUUCCAGACCACGGACACCAAGAGCAAACGGAAGUAAGGAGAACUUCUGAGAGUCCUGACCUAGGACUAGUCCACGCCCUGAACCCAACCGGCCUCUAAUGAUCCACAUGAUGGACCCUUUAAUACUGCCUGAGCCGUAAACAGGGUUUCAUUCAGUGUGUGUGCUGGGAACACAAAGACCUCAUCACAUCUUUGUCUAGAGCAAACAAUCAGCACCACAGGACUGGAAGUGUGGAAGAGGAAUGCAUAGUGUGAGCUGUG